GAACUGUAAUUGCCAAAAAAAUAAAAAGAAAAAAACCUGAACUGCCGAGGCCGCUAGGCACGGACCUGUUGGGGACCGAACUGCCGAAGGCAUAUGCGCGCGGGGUUCAACUGCGAUUUACCAAAUUACGCCUUACUCUAGUUUUACACAACCCUUAAAGAUGGGCAGGAUUAAGAAGAAACCCCGGCGUUCUGUGAGAGUUUUGGAAAAUGGGAGUACCAGCAAUUCUGGAGAUAAUUCAGCAAACCCAGAUUUUAAUUUAGUUGAUGAGCUCAAAGUUGGUGAUCAUGGUAAUAUUCAAGAUACCCCCUUUAUUGUUGAUGUUGAUAGGAGUAGUUGGGAUUCAUUGGAACAUAGAGAUUUAUCUGAAAUUGUGCUCAGUAAUUUAAAUUUUAGUCCUGAAUUUAUUGGGUUUGAGCUGAAUGAGGAAACUUGCUUAAGGGUUAGGAUAUGUAACGUGAAUGAGCAUUUGGCUCGGAUGAAAUCAGGGCAUUGGCCUGUGUUUUUGUCUGAAAACAUAUUUUUGGAGAUUAUUAAUAAGAGGGUAGUUGACGAAAUUGAAGCCGGUGAUGUGAUUGUAAGUGGGCAGUUUGAUGGGAGUGAUGAUGGGAUCACUGGGUUAGUUCAUCUAGUUAGUAUGAAGUUUUUGACUCUGAGGCCGGUUUUUGGGGUUUGGUUAUGCGAGGAUGUGUCUUCUCUUAGGAUUAGGGUGGAGAUUCUUCAGAAUACAUUUAGUGCUUGCAAAUCACUUCAAGAUAACACUAGGCACGCAUGGAAGAAAAGCAUGAUGAGUGUAAUGGCUUGGCUUCGGCCUGAGCUGACAACCUCUGAGGCUCGGUAUGGGGUUCAUGUAUCUAGUGAAAUUGAAGAAGAUUCGAUUUCAAAGGUAGAUAACAGCAGUUCCGAACGUUCUAAUUUUGAUGUUAGUAGAUUUUAUGAAGCCAUUAAGCGAUCAAAAGAUUGUCCUAUGUUGGAUGCUGAGUUGACCGACUUGCUCCCUGAGCUUAGACCAUAUCAACGUCGGGCUGCUUAUUGGAUGGUACAAAGGGAGAGGGGUUUUUUGCAGAAUUCGUCUGCAUGGGAACGUACAAUUUCUUGUUCUCCUUUGUGUGUGGCUGUGUAUUUUCUGGAUUCUCCGUCGAAGAUGUUCUACAACCCAUUUUGUGGGAACGUUUCCGCUUGUGAAGAGAUCCCCCCUUCGGUCGUUGGCGGUAUUCUUGCUGAUGAAAUGGGCAUGGGGAAAACUGUUGAGCUUCUUGCAUGUAUAUUAGCUCAUCGCAAGUCAUUACCUGAACAAGGUUGUUGUCCAGGAGGUAAAUCAGAUAAUACCGAGACGGAGAAAACCAGGCUUAAAAGACUGAAAAGAGAGCGUGUUGAAUGUGUAUGUGGUGCACUUAGUGAAAGUUACAAGUAUGAAGGAUUGUGGGUCCAGUGUGAUGUCUGUGAUGCGUGGCAGCAUGCAGAUUGUGUUGGUUAUUCACCCUCCAAAGGAAUAAACGGAACUAAGGAAGCUUCUGAAGGACAACACAAUAAUAAGAGAAGGAAAAAGAAUGUUGCUGACAUUAUCAUGAUGAAUGACGAGUAUGUGUGCCAAAUUUGCUUGCAGUUGAUGCAAGCUACUAGCUCUCCGAUUGAGUCUGCAGCAACCCUUAUUAUAUGUCCUGCUCCCAUACUGCCUCAGUGGCAUGCUGAAAUACUUCGUCAUACAAAUCCAGGGUCCAUGAGAACUUAUAUCUACGAAGGUGUGAAAGAAAUUUCGUUAUCAAAUUCCUCUACUAUUGAUAUUAGUGAACUAGUCUCUGCUGACAUUGUGCUGACGACAUAUGAUGUGCUGAGAGAUGAUCUAUCACAUGAUUCAGAGAGGCAUGAAGGGGAUCGUCGCUUAAUGAGAUAUGGAAAAAGGUAUCCUGUGGUUCCAACCCUUCUGACCAGGGUGUUAUGGUGGAGAAUUUGCUUAGAUGAGGCUCAAAUGGUGGAGAAUAAUGUUGUUGCCGCAGCAGAGAUGGCACUGCGUCUACGUGCAACACAUCGCUGGUGUAUUACUGGAACACCUAUCCAAAGGAAACUAGAUGAUUUAUAUGGUCUCCUCAAAUUCCUUAAAGCGAGUCCAUUUGAUAUUUCUAGGUGGUGGGCUGAAGUUAUACGAGAACCAUAUGAGCGAAAGAAUGUGGCAGCUAUGGCAUUCACACAUCGGUUAUUCAGACAAUUGAUGUGGCGCUCCUCAAAGUCACACGUUGCAGAUGAGCUUGAACUUCCUCCACAAGAGGAACAGGUCUCCUGGCUUUCUUUUUAUGCAGUUGAAGAGCACUUCUACCAGAGGCAACAUGAAACUUGUGUGCAUUUUGCUCGUGAAGUUCUUGAAAGGUUCAAAAGUGAUAUUCUGAAUAGAAAUUGCUCAGCCUCUUCGUCGUCUGUAUCUGAUCCCUUUAUUACCCAUUUGGAGGCCACAAAGUUGCUUAACUCACUUCUGAAGCUUCGUCAAGCUUGCUGCCACCCUCAAGUUGGAGGAUCUGGAAUACGUUCUCUCCAACGGUCGCCCAUGACCAUGGAUGAAAUAUUAUCUGUCCUUAUUAGUAAAACUAAGUUAGAGGGGGAGGAUGCGUUAAGGAAAGUAGUUUCUUCAUUGAAUGGGCUUGCGGGUAUAGCGAUUCUCCAAGGUGAACUAUCUAAUGCAGCAUCUUUUUACAAAGAAGCAUUAGCUUUAGCUGAAGACCAUGCUGAAGAUUUCCGCGUGGACCCUUUGUUAAAUCUUCACAUACAUCACAAUCUUUCUGAGGUUAUCAAAUCUGCUUCAAAUACCUUGCAACAAGUAUCCUUUUGUGGGGGCCAGCUAAAAGGAAUAAUUGAAGACACGCCUUCUCAAACUGCAGGUCCUGAUCGCAUAAAGAAGAAACAAAAAGUUACUGAGGAUAUCUUGGAGAGGGUCGGGCAUACUGAUGAACCCUCUGGACUGAACUGUAGUUCUUCAACAGAUGGAUCAGAAGGGGUUAAAGUUUUUCAUUUAAAUCCCCAUGCACCACAUGUCUCUAGUACUGAAAGCCUGAUCAUUAUAUGUGAGGAUCUAAGACAAAAGUACUUAUCUGGAUUUUACACAAGGUUGUCACAAGCUCAGCAGGAGUUCCAGAAGUCAUAUAUGCAGGUUUGUGACUCUUUAAACAACAGUGAAAAUAAGAACAGAGUCUGGUGGCUGGGAGCCCUCCAACAAAUUGAACAGAACAAAGAUGCAGCUAAUGAGUUGUCACGGAGGAUUGAAAAUGCUAUUUUAGACAACCAGAACAUCACAAAAUCAUCAAAAACUUCCUCCUGUUUCCGGAGUAUUAGUGCACUUAAAUAUUCCAUUCAAAGUGGUUUAGACUCACUUGAAGCUUCUCGGAAAAGGUUAUUAGCUAAACUGUUGGAAGUUGAUCAGACAAUGGAGAAACCAAGAGAUGAAGAUGUUGAACGUGUACGGUACUGUCCAAAUUGCUAUGAGAAUGUGGAUGGUAGUCUGUGUGUUCAUUGUGAAUUGGAUAAGUUAUUCCAGGCUUAUGAGGCUAGGCUCUUUCUAAGAAAAGAGAAAAAUGGAGGAGUUAUCUCGUCCGCUGAGGAGGCAGUAGAUCUACAGAUGAAAAGGUUAGAGAGGAAUCAUUUUUACUGGAAUCUGGAGCAGAAGUCGAACAAUUAUACAUCAUCAAGUGCAGAUAAUCUAGGCAAAAGUAAAAGGGAUUCUGGGAAAAUGUCCAUGGAUUCAAAAUUCCCCUCUGAGCUAGAAAUAAUCCUUGGUGUUAUAAGGAGUUAUUUUAGGGCAAACUUAGGGAGAGAAGGUGUAUCAGCGGCCAGCAGACACCUGGUUCUUCUUGAGGGAAUGAAGAAGGAAUAUGCUCAUGCAAGAUCGUUGGCUACUGCUCAAGCUCAGAUUCUUCGUGCAUAUGAUGAAAUUAAGAUGGCAACUUCAAGAUUACGCUUAAAAGAAAAUGAUGAUGAUAACUCUAUUGAUGCUCUAAGCCUAGAAGAACUUGAUGUUGCUAACGUCGAGAAUUCGAGUGAAAAAUUUGUGUCAUUGGCAACAUUAUCGCGUAUACGAGGAAAACUUCGUUAUUUACAGGGACUAGUAGUUUCUAAACAUAAAGCAGAAUCAGAUAAUGAGGUAGCUGCUUCAAUAGAUUCUCCUCCAUCAGAUAACAACAAUAUCAGAGUGGUUGAGGAAAUGUGUCCUGUAUGUCAAGAAAUUCUUCAAAAUCAAAAAAUGGUGUUUCAGUGUGGACAUUUAACGUGCUGCAAAUGUUUAUUUGCAAUAACUGAGCGAAAGAUGGUUUCCCAUGGAAAGAUGAGUGAUAAUUGGGUGAUUUGCCCUACUUGCCGGCAACCUUCAGAUUUUGAGAGUAUUGCCUUUGCUGAUGAUAGCCAGAACAAGUGCUCGGUUGGGAGGAGUGAAAAUCUAGAGGCUUCUGUAUCUGUCCGGGGAUCAUAUGGUACAAAGAUUGAAGCAAUUACGAGGAGAAUCUUGUGGAUUAAAUCGAGCGACCCAAAGGCUAAAGUUCUUGUUUUCUCUAGUUGGAAUGACGUCCUUGACGUGUUGGAGCAUGCGUUUUCUACUAAUGAGAUUAGCUACGUUCGUAUGAAAGGAGGAAGAAAACCAUCACAAGCUGCUUUAAGCAUAUUCAAAGGAGAAAAGAUGACACAAAAGGGUUGUGGCAAGAUGAAUGACAAACAGAAGCAAGAUGCUAAGUUUAUUCAAGUGUUACUCCUCUUAAUUCAGCAUGGAGCAAAUGGCUUGAAUCUCCUCGAAGCACAGCAUGUCAUUCUGGUUGAGCCCCUACUCAAUCCAGCAGCUGAAGCUCAAGCAAUCAGCAGAGUGCAUCGGGUUGGGCAGACUAGAAAAACACUCGUUCAUCGGUUCCUAAUUAAGGAUACAGUUGAAGAAAGCAUUUACAAGUUGAACAAAAGUAGAAAUUCCAGUUGUUUCAUUAGUGGAAAUAAGAAGAAUCAAGAUGAGCCUAUUUUGACACUGAAAGAUGUCGAGUCCUUGUUUGCAGUAUCACCGGAUAGUAAUAACGAGCAAAGCAGUAGUCUAACACAUUUACCGCCUUCUGUGGCUGCUGCCAUUGCGGCUGAGAGAAGGCUUGACCAAUCUACAAUGCCAUUAUAGCUUCUAAUUAGAUUAUUUGUGUUACAGUUCUUAUUUUCUGUUUUAUCUAUUUGUUGUAAAAUCUAGGAAUUACUUGUUUAGGUAGGUGCACAUAGAACAACUGUUUUUCUUUUUUCUUUAAUAUCUUUUUUAAGGCUCUUCAGGAUUAAGACCGGUUACAUUGUACUCCCUCCGUAUUUUUUUAAGAGAUAUACUUGUCUUUUCCGGCCGUAUUUUUUUAA